AUGGAUGCCUAUUGCUAUAAGCAGUUUGACGAGAAGCAAGAAAAUUACAUUCCAUAUCCUAAGGAGCUAUUUAUGCAAGAGUUGAGAGCACGCUUUAACAAAGGCCAGGCAAAGCUAUCGGAUGGAUAUGCGCCAUUUUGCAAGCACCUGUUCGUUGAAAACUACACAGAUGUGACAUCUGGAUACUUACCAAUAACACCUAACAACAUGCACUUGCUUAGAUCGGGUUACGUCGCACGUACCAAGCGUGAGCUUCCAGUACUUUCGCGCUGGUUCCCCAAGGCAGCAGUAGCACAGGAGCUCAGCCGUGCUCGAUUCCUGGAUGUAAUUCUCUACUCUCGGGAACAGGUGAUCAAGGAAAAUGAUGCUCGUGAUGAGCAUAGUCCUGGAGCUACCUAUGACUACGACUACUAUGUCAUAUCAAUCAAGGCGCAAGAUGUGGAACAUGAAAUACCCAUGCUACCAAUCACUAUGUUUAGAAACACCAUGAUAACUGAAGGUGGGAGCGGCGUGCCUUUGGAUCACGAGGCUUAUCUAAAAUCUGUAGAAUUCUGGCAGAAACAUGCCGUUGUCAGAGAUCUGUAG